CGCAACCGCCUCGGCGCACACUCCUACGCCCCGUAGUCACCCUCCUUAGUCGUCCGUCGACGUCAUUUGCGCUUCAAUCCAUCGCCACCUCCACACGUUCAUCACGAACCCAAACACACAUUUCGCGACAUCCAUGGCUACCACCACACGCGGAUUCAUCGUUUUCAAGGACGAGCCCGAGGCCGUCCCUACCCAGACUGUGGAGAAGAAGGAAAACCAGACCGGAGCAACCGCUACGUAUGUUCUCGCACCCCCUCCCGGCCCCCAGCUGGUCUACGCUCCGGACAAGGAGAACAUCGACCCCUUCACUGGCACGCGUCCCAGCGAUGACCAGGCUUCUGGGAAGAAGCGCAAGACCACUCUCAGCGUCAAGGCGCAGCCCUCGUCUCCGACGAAGCGCCUGAAGCCUCUGGCUGAGAAGGCUACCAGGAAACCACCAUCGAAGGCACGUGCCGCUGAGAAGAAGAGCAAGCGCACCGCGCCGAAGCGCUCGGCCUCGUCUCGCGUCCAUCGCGAGCCGUCUCUACCGCGUGUGACGGAGGAAAUCGACGCGGCGGACCAGGCGGUCAUCGAUUCAAAGUGCAAGGACUUGACUGUCCUUCCUUUGGCCGAUAUUUCGGAGGCGUACGACGUUGCGUCCCCUAAGCAGGACGUUCCGGUUGCUCAGGAGACUGGGCCCAGCAAGGAGGCCGCCACGGAGCACUCCACGAGCGAUGCUCCGAAGGUGGAACGUGCCAGCAGUCCAACUGCCGCUGGACCCGAGCGUACAUCUUCUCCCGCCCCUUCCGCCUCUGCCGCCAGCGUUUUCUCUACGCCUGAGCGCAAGCGCAUCUAUUCCGCGUUCACAUUCACAUCGCCCUCCCCGGCCGCGAAGCGCUACGCGUCGGCGCGUGGCUCCAGCGUGGACCGUUUCUCGGACGCUGCGUUCUAGGCGUCUUCACGUGCACUCCACAUUUCGACACUGCACAUCAUGGCGACCAUAGGAUUUCGCGGUCGUCUCUCGCUCUCAUGCCUCCCAGGACCACUAUGCAAGGCUCCAUAUCCAUGAUCGCACGCGACAACCGCAUCCUCGUCUGCCCAUCUCAACGACCUCAAUGUCUCGACGCCCCAGUGCGUUUGUAUUUCUAGACCCCCCGCAUCUCACGGCAUAUCAUACCACGCAAGCAUCUCCAUGAUUGUUCAUCUUCCUGUGCAUAUAUUCACCUCUCUCGCGCGUGCGCCUCUCCAUGGUUCUGUCUUUGUGCCCUCGUCCUUUAUUUACUGAUGUUCAUCUCCCCUCGUCCUACCCUACCCCACCCCAUCCC